ACCCUUGUUUAGUUAGGUAGGCUCAUGAAUGAUGUAUUUAAUCAAAUACGGUUUUAUGCGACUUCAUCACCUUCUUCAAUUAAUCCUUUCAAAACCGUAACAUUUCAUAACUAAUCUGAACACCCCCGCAGUUCGAUAACGUUUCCCGUCGCCGGCGAGACAAAACAUUGCUAUAUUAGACGACACUACAACAGUAUCUUUGCCGACACACAAACCUUACUUUUUUUGGGAAUAUUAUUGUCUUUGACAGCCUCAUAUCUUGUCUUUUCGAAGUUUCCUUUUUAUUAUUCUAAAUAAUUAAUUCAAAACUUCUUAUUUCUUCUCUCAAAAACCCAACAAAGAAACCCAUUUGUUUGUAAAUGGCUACGGCAAUUACCAAUGGGAGCGAGAAGAUGGAGAAGAAUAAAAAGCACAAGGAAGUAAUUCGAUUGGAGCGUGAAUCUGUAAUUCCUGUUUUGAAACCUAAACUGGUUAUGUCUUUGGCUAAUCUUAUUGAACAUAGCUCCGAUAGAGCCGAGUUUUUAAAGUUUUGUAAGAGAGUUGAGUACACCAUUCGGGCCUGGUAUCUCUUACAGUUUGAAGAUUUAAUGCAAUUAUACUCCCUCUUUGACCCUGUCCAUGGAGCUAAAAAGCUGGAGCAACAGAACUUAUCUCCUGAAGAAAUUGAUGUUCUUGAAGAAAAUUUCCUGAGUUACAUGAUUCAGGUUAUGGAGAAGAGUAAUUUCAAGAUCGUGAGUGAUGAAGAGAAUGAAGUUGCACAAACUGGCCAGUAUCUUUUAAAUCUUCCAAUCUCCGUUGAUGAAAAUAAGCUUGACAAAAAGCUUUUGAAGAGGUAUUGGCAAAAGCAUCCUAAAGAAAAUCUUCCGGAAUUUGUUGAUAAGUAUGUUAUUUUCCGACGUGGCAUUGGUAUUGACCGCACUACUGACUACUUUUUCAUGGAGAAAGUGGAUAUGAUCAUUUCACGUACAUGGGCAAAGCUUUUGAGAGUGACUGGGAUACAAAGACUUCGUUCCAUGUUUUCAAAGUCACGACAAGGGUCUAUCAAAGAUAGAAAGAAAGAUGAUGAUUAUGAGUCUGAUCAGGAGGAUCUCUAUGUUGAACGGAUCAGAAUCCAGAAUUUGGAAUUCAGCUUGCGCAAUCUUGUGAGCAAGAUUACCAUCCAGGAACCUACUUUUGAUAGAAUGAUAGUUGUUUACAGGCGAGCAAGUCCUAAAGGAAAAUCAGACAGGGGGAUAUAUGUGAAACAUUUUAAAAAUAUUCCAAUGGCUGACAUGGAAAUUGUUCUGCCGGAGAAGAAGAAUCCAAGUCUUACGCCAAUGGACUGGGUCAAGUUUCUUGGAACGGCAAUUGUCGGGCUGGUUGCUAUUGUAAGUUCACUCGAGAUUAAGGCUGAUCCUUGGGUUGCCAUAGCUGUCCUUUCCACGUUAGUUGGUUACUGUGCGAAGACAUAUUUUGCGUUUCAGCAAAACAUGGCUGUAUAUCAGAAUUUAGUAACUCAGUCAAUGUAUGAUAAACAACUUGACAGUGGAAAGGGAACUCUUCUUCACUUAUGUGAUGACGUGAUUCAGCAAGAAGUCAAGGAAGUAAUUCUCUCGUUUUUCAUACUGAUGGAACAGGGUAAAUGUACUAGAGAGGAUCUUGAUCUAAACUGCGAGGAAUUAAUCAAGGAAGAGUUUGGUGAGAACUGCAACUUCGACGUGGAUGAUGCAGUUGAGAAGUUAGAGAAGUUGGGUGUUGUUUCUAGGGAUUCAAUUGGUAGGCAUUUUGCUGUAAGCCUGAAGCGAGCUAAUGAGAUCAUUGGGACAACCACGGAGGAGCUUGUUAUGAAGGCGAGACAGACAGGUCUUCAGUAAAUCUUGCACUUAUGCAUGCUUCUCUUAUGAUGUAAAUACAGUAGCGAAAUUUGUGUGUUUUUUACCAACUUUUAGCUAUUCUUUUAUGGGUGUACUUGAGUAUGACUGAAUUACAGAUGUGCAAUCUGCUUGGCAAAAUUUUCUAAAUCUUGUACAUGAAUACAGUGGAAACCGUCUCGAGGUGCAUAUUAUUAGGCGAACCCGGAAUGACAUGUUUGUAUCUUCUUUUCAAACAAUUGAAUCUGUUCCAUGCCUCA